AUGACCGAGACAGACAGGAGGAAGAAGACAGAGACCUGAGUUGGAGCUGAGGCUGUAAAUUGGGCUCUCUGCAGUCCUGGCAUCACAAGAUUCAGAGAUGGAAGGACCCUUAGAGGCCCUCUGAUCUCAGCCUUUCAUCCUACAAAAGAGGAAACAAAAGCUCAGAGACUGAACACUGUUUUUUCCCAAGGUCACACAGCUAGGAAGGAGCAGAACUGAGAUUCAAAUCCCCAUCCUCUGACUCAGAUUCUUUCCACCGCACUUUAGGCUGUGACUAGAUGGGGGUGGACAGGACCUCGAAGGUAGCCUCGAAGAUCCAGAUUAUAGGGGCACUGUCUGUGAUGUGGCUCCUGGCUAUAGUUUUCAUGCACUUCCUAAGGCCCAUCAUUCUCCCUCCAGUCCUGAAUUUGGGGGUAGAAAAGGAAGAAGUUCUGAUCUACGGACCAUGGGGCAGUGAGAGGAGGCUCACUGAGGAGGGCCAGCCAAAUGGGGGAGAGCUGGAGAAGGAAGAGGUAGAAGAGGACAUCUGGAGCUACAAUGAUUCAUGCAAGUUUGUCCUUGUGGAGAGCAUUCCUCAGGACCUGCCCUACAUAUCUGCCCGCUCAGCAGCCCAGCCCCUUAUCCAGUCCUGGAUGGAGCUUCUGGAUUCUGCUCAGGACAGCAUCCACAUUGCUUCUUACUACUGGUCUCUCACAGGGACUGACAUUGGCGUCAACGAUCCUUCUUCCCAACCGGGGGAAGAAUUGUUGGGGAAGCUGGAGACUCUGCUGGCCCAGAACGUCUCUCUGACCAUUGCAACAAGUGACCCAACACUGGCUGUGAACUCUACUGACCUGGAGGUCCUCAUGGGCAAAGGAGCACAAGUGAGAAAGGUUCCAAUGAAGCACUUGACUCAUGGUGUCCUGCACUCCAAGUUCUGGAUUAUAGACAUGAAGCACAUGUACCUGGGCAGUGCCAACAUGGACUGGCGGUCCCUGACUCAGGUGAAGGAACUUGGAGUCGUCAUCUACAACUGCAGCUCCCUCGCAUAUGACCUUGAGAAGACAUUCCAGACAUAUUGGGCCCUGGGGGUCCCCGGGGCCACCAUCCCUAAACACUGGCCCCAGAACUACUCCACAAACAUCAACUGGCGUCAUCCCCUACAGGAAACGCUUGAUGGGAUGGUCACUACUGCCUAUUUCUCUGCCUCACCACCUACAUUCUGCCCCAGAGGCCGGACCAAGGACCUAGAAGCUCUGCUAAGUGUGAUUCGGGGUGCUGAGGAUUUCCUCUAUGCUUCAGUAAUGGAAUAUUUCCCCACCAGCCGUUUCGAACACCCAAUCAGGUACUGGCCAGUCAUUGACAAUGCUCUGAGGGAGGCAGCCUUUAACCGGCACGUGCUAAUCCACCUUCUCAUCAGCUGCGGAAAGAACUCGGACCCGUCCAUGUUCCCAUACCUGAGGUCACUACAGGCUCUCACUAACCCCCAGACCAACAUUACCAUAGAAGUGAAAAUAUUCAUCAUCCCUGUGGGAAAUCACUCCAACAUCCCUUACAGCAGAGUGAGCCACAGCAAGUAUGCAGUCACAGAGAAGAAGGCUUACCUGGGAACAUCCAAUUGGUCAGAGGAUUAUUUCACCAACACAGCUGGUGUGGGGCUGGUCAUCAACCAAAGUUCCUCUGAUCCCCAGCACCCAGCACCCACCAUUCAGGACAACCUGAAGAGUGUCUUUGAGCGGGACUGGCAGUCCCCAUAUGCCAUCAGUCUGGACAAACUUCCCGGCCAGCAGGACUGUGCCUGGCAUGCCUGAGACUGGGGUCUCCGGUCUCUCUUCUCUCUUUUCCUCUCUGCCUUCUCUUCUCUGCCUUCUCCCCUCCCUUCUCCCUUUCUAGGGC